UCAUCAUGCUGUCGCGCUCGGGGCGCUCCCUGCCGCGAUUUCGGAAGACUCUCCGCCGUGCAAACUCCUCUGCCGCGUCUACGUCUCCGAAUCACUCACCCGACGCGCCCCCCAGAAGACCGCGCGUCGUCUUCUCCGGGAUUCAGCCGACGGGAACACCGCAUCUAGGGAACUAUUUGGGUGCCCUUUCGAACUGGGUCAAGCUCCAGAACGACAAUCCGCACGACACGCUUCUCUUCUCCGUCGUCGGAUGGCACGCGUUGACCCUGCCCCAAAAUCCGAAAGACCUGGUCAGGUCCCGGCGGGAGAUGCUCGCUGCUCUCCUUGCCGUUGGAAUAGACCCCAAGAGGUCGAUUCUGUUCCAUCAAGACUCAAAUGCCAUGCAUACUGAGCUCGCUUGGAUUCUCGGGUGCUUGACGCCUACAGGCAAGCUACGAAGGAUGACAUCCUGGAAGACGCGUCUAGCGCAAUCACGCAACGCGAAUGACGAGUCUGAAGUAGACGAAUCACUGCUGAACGCCGGCCUUCUGACCUAUCCUGUGCUGCAAGCCGCCGAUAUCCUCCUCUACAAAGCGACCCACGUUCCUGUUGGCGACGAUCAACGGCAGCAUCUAGAACUAAGCCGAGACAUUGCCCAGACAUUCAAUCGGACAUUCAAAGACAAGACCAGCAUGUUCCCGCUUCCCACCCCCUUGAUCACGCCUGCUAAGCGCGUUCUUUCAUUAAGGGAUCCGUCUGCGAAGAUGUCCAAGUCGGACCCCGCCCCAGCCUCCCGUAUCCUUUUAACAGACACCCGGGACCAGAUCGCAUCCAAGAUACGCAGCGCGGUGACAGAUUCGAUAACAACUGGCGCCACAUACGACCCAGAAGGCCGCCCCGGAACGUCCAACCUCAUCUCCAUUCUGGCUGCGUGCAAAGACGUCGAGGUAGAGGAGAUGGCGCGCCAAUGCCAGGGAUGGGGGCCCCAGCAGCUCAAGUCUGCUGUAACAGAGGCCAUUGAGGAGCUCUUCGUCGGCCCACGCGCUGAGUUUGAGAGGCUGUGCGCCGAUCCUGGAUACGUGGAUCAGGUGGCGCAGGAGGGCGCUGUGAAGGCCCGAGAAAUCUCUUCUAGGACUAUGGAGGAAGUCCGAAAGAGAAUAGGGUUGAAUUAGCUCACCUGACAUGUAGGCAUAUGUUUCUCGUGGAAUCACUGCAUGCCCGGUACAUGGAAAGCAGCUAGAGCGCACUUGCUGAAAUCAGACGUGACCCAUGU